CAGAUGGCUUCCUCGCUGCGCCUCAUUACUUCCAACCUGCUCUCAAGAUCUGUUAUCCCGUUUCGUCCGACCGUUGUUUCUGCGUCUCGUUAUCUUAGCCACAAUGCUAGUCCCCAAAGUUCUACUACUAUGCCAACAGACGAGUUCUUUGACCAAUCAUGGCUAAGAAUGCAAAUGAGCCUGUGGCCCAAGAUUUCUUCGAUGUCGUUCCAUAUGGAGAAGACUGCUGAAGGAAGAAGCUUAACACUAAAUAUACCUGGGGUGGAGAUGAUGGAGACUAAUGAAGGCCUAUGUGUUUCCCUGAAUAUGCCAGGACUCAAAAAGGAGGACAUGAAGGCAUGUGUUGAACACAACACUUUGUUCAUGCAAGGCAAAACAAAUAACGAGUGCUACCUUGGCGGCAUCAAGUUAACCGACAAGACCAGUGGUGAUAUGAAGGAAGAGAUGGAAGAUGGAAUGUUAAAGAUAACUCUUCCCAACAAAAAGAAGUUCAAGACUAAUUUUUUCAGUUUCUGGAAAAAGUACAUCAUUGCUAAAUUACCUGAUCAUUCUCCUUACUCAGAUAUGUUCUCCGACCUAUCAAUCAUAGGCAAGGGAUUUUGCCCUGCAAUAGCUUUGUUGUCGCCGAUCAAUUCAUUCUCAAUCUAUAAGGAAGAGACCGCUAAAAGCCUACGCAUAAACAUGAGCAUGCCUGGACCGGAGAAGAUGGAGUUAACCACACAAGGCGUUCGUGUGUCCUUAAAUAUGCCUGGACUCAAGAUAGAGGAUGUAAAGUCAUUUUUUGAUUAUGACACUUUCUUAAUUGAAGGUAAAACAAAUAAGGAGCACUAUAUUACAGGCAUACAUUUACCCGAGGGCAUCCACAAGAAGCAUAACAUGAUCAAGAGAAAGAUGAGAAAUGGAAUGUUUCAUGCAACUCUUCCUUACGUGGAGGACAGGCAUAGAGUUGAAGCCAAUUGAAGUUGUUUGUUGACCUUUUUAACUUUUUUGAUACUUAAUGUGAAGUUCUAUAUUCCUUCUAAUAUUUAUCAGGGUACCACCGACCCUUGUAAUAGCUACUUAGCGAGAUAGACAUCUGCAGGCAUGCUUUUAAACAAAGUUGUAUUUACUUUAUAAUUUUCAGUCAGCAUUUGUUCUCGAAA